AAAGAACUAAUUGAACUUCAGACUCCACCUAUCAGCAACUAUGCAUCAUAGUGAUCAUAACUUUAGAUAAGUUGAUGAAUGUAAACAGACCGGUCGCUAUCCAAUCGGGGGCCACAUGAUCACACAAGGCUGUCCAAACAAGUCACCCGUUUACCAACCAGGAACUCCACUGGGUUGAAGGUGAUUGAUCACAGUACAAACAGGAGUCUUCACACACAGGUGGGCCGUAUGUGGACUGGGAUAAAAGCAAGACCCUCACAAAUGCUGGGGUUUUGCUCACGUCCCUGGCUAUUGAAGCCAAGAGCUUCCUGACGUUCACAAUCCACCUUGGAGUUGCCUGUCUCUGCUGUGUUUACGUGAGAGCGAGUGAGAUUUACACCAUGUGGCUCCGUUGGAUCCCAGUACUAAUCUCUGCUAUUGCUGGCUGCCUCGCGGUGACGAUGUUACCCAGACCCGUCCAUGUCUUCAUCAAUUCCAGUAACUUCAAUUCCAUCCUUCACUGGGCGCCACAUGGACCCAGAGACUCCGUGUAUGAUGUUGAGUACCAGAUUUACGGCGAGGCCUGGCUGAGUAAGGCAGAGUGUUACCGCACCUCCCAACACCGCUGUGAUUUAACCAGGGAAUUUGACCAGGAGACCAACUGGUAUUAUGCCAGAGUGAAGGCCGUGGGGCAGGGUGGCGAGUCUGAAUGGACCAUAUCAGAACGCUUCUGCCCUUUGGACAAGACUGUUAUCGGACCCCCUGAGGUGAGGUGGGGGGUCCGAGCUCGAUCCAUCGACAUCUGGCUGGAGCCACCAACAGUUCACCUCAGAGACACACCGCGGCGUUCUAUCGAAGACAUCUUCUCCAUUGUUGAAUAUAAGGUUCAGCUCAAUGAAGCUGCCACUAAUAAAAUGGUCUUUGUCGCCUUAAAUGACAACGGAAACUUCACAGUUGAAUCUUUGGAGCCCAGUACUGAAUACUGUGGCACUGCGAAGCUGCUUUUAGAGAGAGAUAUCUUCUUAAAGGAGAGUCAGACAGCAGAGUUCUGCAGCCAGACAGAGAGAGAGUGGACACUGAUGAUUGUUCUGCUAGUGACUGCGUCGGUGUUGUUUGGACUGAUGACCACGGGAAUAUUCUGCUGGAUGGUCCACAGUUAUACAACACUUCACACAGCGCUGCCACACGCCCUGGAUCUGAACAAGAUCCUGAUGAAGAAACAUUCCUCAUGGAAACAUUCCAUGGCCAAGCCGCAGGAGGUCACCAGCCAGAAGGACAUGUUCCACUUUGAACAGAACAUUCUCGCAGAGGACAUUGGUCUUUUCAAAUGCCUUUCCUGCGACACGGCAGGAAUAUUGAGAGUGGGGGAGCUUGGCUUGGCCACAUUGCUGGGACCCUACGCACCUCAACACCACAGCAUGGGCCAGCAGACCAGCGGGCCCACUUCCAGUCCGUGUGACCUUCAGACUGACCGCUCCUCUGGGCUGGGGGACAAUGAGUGGUCUUCACCGUAUCGCCCCCAGUGCUCCCAGCGUCCGUCAAACACCCAGGCGUCAGGUGAGGACGGUUCACGGACACGAGUGGAAGAUAACACGCCGAUUCUUUACAUCGCGUCGCCCGACAUUCCCGACGCAAACACAGGCGGUUCGACCAACAGGGACAUCCCAUCGACUGCAUUGCAGGUGGCCAGAGAAGGUCUUCUUUACAAGGUGGACAGGCGGAUAUUGUCCCAACGUCCUGAGAUGGAUGUGCCGACACUACACACAAUGGAAGGAAAACCAAGAUCACUUCUGUCGUUGCGAGAUGACAAUAAGGAAGCUGAUUGGAAGAAGCAACCAUUGGAAGUGACUUUGUUGCCUCCGUUGGAAGAGGAGGUCCAAUCCUGCCCACUCUUGCUUCACUAUAGGCCACGCGUGCGGAGGGACACACUGCUGUCAUCGUUAACGGGCGAGGAUGAUGCUUCGAGGGUGCGGGGUACAGGAUUGGAUGAAGAGGUACCUAUGACCAAUGUUCCACCAAGUUACAGUCAUUUAUCCAGCCCCUUGUUGGGUGAAUCCUCCGUCCUAUCCCAGCUGAUGCCUACCUGGGACGAUGGAUGCCAGGCCCAGCUGCCAACCUUGCCUUCACCACAUAGAGACUGGCAACAAGAGACUUUGCCAACAAACACUGCAGCUGAAGCGAGCUCACUGCUUGCAGCUUGGGAAAUACAGGUCCAGGUGGAUGAAUAGAUGCUAAACAGGUUUGUGCUUGCCCUGAAUCUGGACGGUUCCAGUGGUGUCCAGUCCUGACGCCCAUGAUUAGUAAACCAUUGGUCAGCAGGAUGGCAACUCCUGAAGAUACUCAGUGAAUGGAGAAACCACACUCUGACGUUGGUUGAACCUUUAGCACCCGUUGUUAUUUCUGUCCUAAAACUGCAGAUCCAGACUUUCCAUCAAGUAUUAAAUUAUUUAUUUCCCUUCUGACAAUGUAAUAAAUGACCACUGGCUUUGCCUUA